UGUUUCUAAUGAAGAAAGAGCUCCACCCUCGGCCACUGCCACAGCGGCUCUGCCAACAAAUACGAGCAAAGCGUUUUCCCUCUGUGUAUCUCCAACAUGGAUGCUUUUCAGGGGUUCUUAAAAUUCAUCCUCAACCAGAAAACUGUUAUUGGCUACAGCUUCAUGGCUCUGCUGACCGUGGGAGGUGAGCGUCUCUUUUCACUCGUGGCUUUCAAGUGUCCCUGCGGCACUGAGAAUGUGAUCUACGGACUGGCUUUCCUGUUUGCUCCCGCCUGGGUAUUACUGAUCCUGGGAUUCUUUCUGAACAACAGGUCGUGGAGACUCUUCACAGGCUGCUGUGUGAAUCCCAGGAAAAUCUUCCCCAGGGGCCACAACUGCCGCUUCUUCUCCGUCCUUGGGCAGAUCAUUCUGAGUUCACUGGUGGCCCCAGUGAUGUGGUUGUCAGUGGCUUUGCUCAAUGGGACUUUUUAUGAAUGUGCAAUGAGCGGGACCCAAAGUCCAAGACUCCUCGAUCUCAUUUGCAAAGGCAAGCCUGAAGAGUGCUGGAAAGAACUUUACAAGGUAUCUUGCGGAAAAACCAGCAUGACUCCCACAGACAACGAAGAACUGAAAUUGUCGCUGCAAGCCCAAUCUCAGAUUCUAGGAUGGUUCCUGAUUUGUUCCGCAUCUUUCUUCUCUCUGCUCACCACAUGUUAUGCUCGCUGCAGAUCUAAAGUUAGUUACCUUCAGCUGAGUUUUUGGAAGACAUAUGCACAGAAGGAGAAGGAGCAGUUGGAAAACACAUUCGUGGAUUAUGCCAAAAAGCUGAGUGAAAGAAACCUGAAAUGCUUCUUGGAAAACAAGAGGCCAGAUGUCUUUCCCAUGCCCACCUUUGCGGCCUGGGAGGCUGCUUCGGAGCUCCAUUCCUUCCACCAAAAUCGGCAACACUACAGCACCCUCCACAGGGUGGUAGAGGAUGGUCUGGACCUUCGCCCGGAGGAUGAGGAGACCACAAUGAUGCUUAUGGGUACCGCCCAAAACGUGCAGCUCACCCACCAUCACUGACACGCGGGGUCCAGACAUCUUCCUCCCGCAUCAAUGGCUACCUGAGUAUCUUGGCGUUUUCUUCCAUUUUAGUAUUUCUUAAUCAGACAAUAACACAAAGGGAAGCAGCUUUUGAGCCAUGACAAGGUAUCAUGUGCUCAAACUGAUGCUGAGUGACUGGCCAAAGAUGGUGACAAUGUGCUCUUGUAUUGGUUGGGGGUUGGGGUUGGGGCUCAGGGGCUUCCGGUUCUAAGAUUCGAUGGCUGACAGUGAGACUCAUGCAAGAAGUUCUGCCACUAUGUAAAUACAGUCACGGAAUUCAGGGGGAGAAGUGGUGACUUGUGAGUCAGCGUGGUCCCCUUAACAGACUUCUGUUAUUAACAGACUUCCCACUUCCACACAGUGGGAUCUGCGAUGUAGUUGGUAGAAAUCCUCGUAGUAAAUCUAUCUUACUACCUUCCAAGGAUAUAUGAAAUGCUACCAUUUAAAAUUCAUUUCCUUGGAAACUGAAGACAUCAGUUCUCAAAAAUAACACAUUGAAAGGAUGUGAUGCCAAAAAUUCAGAACUUUUCCCAUGUUUCCCCUAUGCACUGAAAGUAGACCCCUGGAGUCAGAGCUGUAUUAUGACUCUUGUGGGCUCUAGGCACUUUUGCCUUCUUGGGCUUAUUUCUACAUUAAAAAAUACACAUGUACACAUACACAUAAGCACACACACACCUAUACUUAUGACUAUUGAUAUAAAGGCAUAAAUUAAUAUUAUAUACGGCUUCCCAGGUGGCUCAGUGGCAAAGAAUCUGUCUGCAAUGCAGGAGACCCAGGUUCAAUCCCUAGGUCAGGAAGAUCCCCUGGAGAAGGAAAUGGCAACCCACUCCAGUAUUCUUGCCUGGCAAAUCUCAUGGACAGAGGAGCCUGGCAGGCUACAGUCCACAGGGUCACAAAAGAGUUGUACAUGACUUAGUGACUAAACAGCAAAAACAAUAUUAAUAUUAUAUGUUAGAACUUUUCCCCAACCUUAAAGUUCAUUUAUUACCUUGUGACUUUAUAAGAAACUAAAAACACUUUAGUGGGUUCCUACAGAAUGCAAAUUUUGUGUUCUAUUAUAUAAUAUAUCCACAUUAGUUUAAGUAUAUAGAUAUAUUAGUUCCCUCUAAAUCUCUGAGUGGAAUCAAUAUUUAAGGAAGCAGUACCGUGUUUUAGGCUGUGGCUCACAUCUUAUACCAUAGAGGGUCCUUGCCUCCUCAUUGGAGAAUCUUGGGGCUGAAUUCCUUAUUACCAUGGUACACUAUCCCAAAUUGGGGAAAGGAUCCUAUAGGUUUAAGACCUGACACAUAUCCUUGGGAGCUUGGAGGUGCAGAGUCAGGUUGUAUCUGUGUGUGUGUGUGUGUGUGUGUGUGUGUGUGUGUGUGUGUGUGUAGGUGGGAGAGUGCGAGGUGGGGGCUGUGAGGUUAUAAUAUUGUUUGGGUUUUAAACAUGGUGUGUGACAAAUGUGUAACAAUUGGUUCCUGAAAAAAAACAAGUGGUUAUUUGAAGUGUUUGCCCAUUUCUAUGUUGUAAUUUCAAGUUACCAAGGUGAUAUCACUGAAAUCAGAGUUAGGAAGAGAUGCUAAUCAUGGACAAUAUGAGCCAGAACUUUCUAAGAAGAUUUUGUGGUGCAUUUACUUUCAUUCUAGCCAAACUGUCUCUGGUACAACUUUGGUGCGUCUGAGUUUCACUGCAAUAAGACCUAACCAUGGUAGAUUAAACAUGACUUAAUGGCGCCAAUUGAGAGAUAGAGUCUUUUCCUCUUUUCCUUGAAUCUGCCCCUUAAUGAACCAACAAUAUGUAGCAGAGGUGAAGCCAGGUUGCAGAACUAUUCCAGCUUAUGCCUUGGUCUCUGGCAAUGCUCAAUCUGGUAAAAAUAAGCCACCAUGUAAGAAAUGCAAUUACCUUAUUGAAGAGUCCCAAGCCCUGAAGAAGGCUAAAGUAGCCAAGUGGAGAGAGACAGACAGAGGGAGACCAUAGCUGGCCAGCUCCAACUAUUUGAGUCAUUCUAGUUUAGUUACCAGGAAUCUGAGUGAAUAAGUCAUUUGGACAUUCCAGCUUCAGCAGAAAGACAUGGAGAAGAACCAGAGAACCCAACAAACAGCCAGGAAAAAGAUCCCAGAUCUAUGGUCUGAGUGAAGUCAUACCAGCUAUGCAGACGUCUCAGCCACACCAUCUCAGACUGCAGAUAAUAUAAAGGGGUCCCCACUGUGUCCUGUCAAAAUCCCCUGAGCUUAAAUAAAUGUUGGUUGUUUGAAGCCAAUCAAAUUAUGGGCAUUAUGAAGUAAGAUAUCCUGAACACUAAUAUGUGAAAAUCAGAAUUUGUUAAAUGAGAGAUUAGUGGUACAUUGAAUUUAUAUAUAGAUUAUGCAAAUAUCUCCCUAUGCAUAGAUUUUUCUUAAUAACAUUUACCUCUUGAUUUCAGUAAACAGUGAAUGAGCUGUGGAAUGAUUUGAUAGAUGCUGAAUAGUUACUUCUCCAAACUGGCUCCACCAAAGCCUGAGAUUCAUUUUUAAUGAUUUUAGGUUAAAUUUGGUUUGAGAGGAACACACUGCUAUGAGUUAAUCUGGUUUAAAAUAAACAAAUUACUGAGAAAGUGACAUAUUUUUAGCGUUAAUACCCAGAAAAAGAUGACAGUGGCAGGCACAGGACAGGCUGGCCUUGAGUAAGUUAGAAACAUGUUGGUCUUCUGGUUUUGCUCCUGAAAAUGUCGCAUUCAAACCACAGCAUCAGCAUCAUGAGGGAGCCUGUUAGAAAUGCAGAAUCAGACUCCAUCCCAGACCUAUUGAAUCAAGCCUGCCAUUAGACAAGAUCUUAGGUGAUUCUAUGCAACUUAAACUUUAGAAGUGCUGCUUCUCAAACUUUAAUGUGUGCCAAAAAUCAACUGGAUGGCUUGUUAAAAUGUAGAUUGCUGAGCCCAAGUGUCUGAUUUGACAGGUUGGGGGUGAGAAUUUGCGUUUCUAACAACUUCUCAGGUGAUGCUGCUGCUGCUGCUGUAGGGACCACAUCUUGAGAACAACAACUCUAAAGCAGAAAGCAGGCUACACUGGGGAAGGCAAGAUAGAAGUAACUCGGAAUCUUGGGCCCCACUCCAGAUCUACAGAACUAGACUCUGUGCUAUUAUCAACCUGUCUUGAGAACAUGGGGUGACUUUCCAUGUAUUUUCUAUUUAUUCAAGGCUACCUUUCAUCACUUAAGGAUAUUUUUAGAUUUCCUUACCUAAGUUUUGCAAAUAUUGUACAUCUGCAUUCUUCUUUGCCACUAGUCUAAUGUUUUCUUUUUUCCAUGGUAUUUUCUAAGUUCUGGUUAUUUGAGUACAUGAAAAAGCUAUUACUUAAUGCAUAUAUAAAGAAAGCUGAGCACAGAAGAAUUGAUGCUUUUGAACUGUGGUGUUGGAGAAGACUCUUGAGAGUCCCUUGGACAGCAAGGAGAUCCAAUCAGUCCAUCCUAGAGUAAAUCAGUCCUGAAUAUUCAUUGGAAGGACUGAUGCUGAAGCUGAAACUCCAAUACUUUGGCCACCUGAUGCGAACAACUGACUCAUUUGAAAAGACCCCGAUGGUGGGAAUGAUUGAAGGCGGGAGGAGAAGGGGACGACAGAGGAUGAGAUGGUUGGAUGGCAUCACUGACUCAAUGGACAAGAGUUUGAGUAAACUCCAGGAGUUGGUGAUGGACAGGGAAGCCUGGUGUGCUGCAGUCCAUGGGGUUGCGAAGAGUCGGACACGACUGAGUGACUGAACCGAAUGCAUAUAUUUUAAACCUCUAUACUUUACUAUUAUUUUAUUCUUUGUAGAACUUUUUGCAUUAUAAAAUAACUAUUUUGCAGCCACUGAUGACAUAAUGGAUCUGGAUAAUAAAUAAUGAAUUCUGAACUACUAGGUGAAGGCAGGAUGGAUGAAGAGCGUGCAGCUCAAAGCUGCUCAUCUGUCUCAGCAUCCCUUAAAAUGAGCCCUUUGUUUCCAGUCGCUCAGUUAUGUCUGACUCUUUGCAACCCCACGGACUGCAGGCCUCCAGGCUCCUCUGUCCAUGGGAUUUUUCCAGGCAAAAAUACUGGAGUGGGUUGCUACUUCCUCCUUCAGAGGAUCUUCCUGACCCAGGGAUUGAACCCGCAUCUCCUGUGUCUCUUGCAUUGAAAGUGAAGGGAAAGGGAAGUCACUCAGUUGUGUCCAACUCUUUUCGACCUCAUAGACUAUAUAGCCUACCAUACUCCUCCAUCCAUGGUAUUUUCCAGGCAACAGUACUGGAGUGGGUUGCCAUUUCCUUCUCCAGAGGAUCUUCCCGACCCAGAGAUUGAACCUGGGUCUCCUGCAUUGUAGGCAGACGCUUUACCAUCUGAGCUACUAGGGAAGUCCUCUUGCAUUGACAGGCAGAUUUUUUUUUUUUUUAACCAUUGAGCCCCCUGGGAAGCCCCAAAAUGGGCCAACCACAUAUUAUGUGCCUCCUAAUGUUAUGCAGUACAAGAGUUAGUACAGUACAACCUGUACAAUACUGUUUCCUAAAAAAAUAAAUUCUGAAUUUAAUCAAGAUCUUACUAUUAGUGUCAAGGAAAAGUAGGCAAAAGAAAACAAGUUAAUUAGCACCAUGAGAAAGUAGCCAAGUAAAUCUAGAAUAUAGGACAUGCUAUUGGACAUAUGACCCAGCUUUCCAUAAACAAAUGGCAUUUUAAAAAGGAGAAUAAAAGAGAAAUAACAGCCAGAAACAACAUGUGGGCCUUAUUCGUAUCCUGUUGCAAGCAACAAACAGACACAGGAUAUCUUUGAGAUAUUUAGGAAAAUAUGAAUGAGUAUUAAAUGGAAAUGAGGUUAUUCAAGGAACUGUUCAUUUUUAUGUGCAUGAUAAUAGCAUGUUGGUUUAUGUUUUACCAGUUUGAGAUGCACAUUGAAAUAUUUAUAUGUGAAUUACCAGAAAGUCUAGAGUUUUCUGUAAAACAUUUCAUCACAAAAAGGGGGAGCUGAUAGUUGAAACAAGAUUGGCAAAAUAUUGAUACUUAUUGAAGUGGGAUAGUAGGUUACAUAGGACUCAUUACAUAGUGUCUGUAUAUUUGUAUAGAUCUGAAAUUUUUCAUAAUAGCUAUGCAAUGAAAUAAGUCAUGUGCUCACCUCAGUUCUUCUGCUGAAAUUUUGUCAGUCAACUCCUGCUUGCCCAGAAUCUACCUUCUAGUAGUAUUUUCAGAAAAAGUUCUCAGGAAUCCUAUUCCCUGAAUUUUUAUGUAUUCAAGUUAUUGGCCUACUCUGUACUUAAAGGACAGUUUAGCUGGUUCACACUUUCUCUACUUGCGUAUAUUUUAUGUGUUACUCUAGUCUCUUCUGUCAUUGAAUUUUUUUAAGGGAGCAUCUGAUGCUAUCUUACUAAUAUAUUACUAACAUCAAUUUUUUAACCUAUAUUCUCAAAAAACCCUUUCUUCAUCUUUAAAGUCCAAUGACAUACUAAAUAUACUUUCAGAUAGAUCUUUGGAUCAAUUUUCCCUGCUACUAGUUACGUUCUUUCAUCAUGGAGAAAUAUUUUCUCUCGUUUCAAGACAAUUGAGUCUAUGUGUUUCCCUUUAUUCUCCUUGUCGCUCUACUUGAUUUUCAUGAAAUCUUAUGGUUUUAGAUUCAGAACUAAGCUACAACUAUGUUCUUAUUGAAAUGUCAUUAACUGAAUAAUAAUUUUAAAAAGCUAAGUUAUCUUGGGGUCUUGAUUCUUGUUUAACCCAUUCCUACACUCUCCUCUUUGUUCACUCAUGCAACCAGAAUAAAGUCAAUAGUUGACAUUUUGACAUUUGCAGCCCCUUACCUAUGAAGUAAAGAGCAAGGAGCAUUGGAUCUGUACAUGCUUCUUUUUUUUUUUAAUUUUUAAAAUUUUUUUAUGUACAUGCUUCUUUUAUGUAGCAGCUUCAAGGAUGACUAUUCUCAUUUGUGUGGUUGCUGCCUUGAUUGUUAUCAUGUAUUUAACCAAUCUCUUCAUUCCCCAAAGUUCCCAAGGGAGCCUAGAUUGCCCUGAGGAGCUGACACAAGGAAAGAUCUGGCUCCAGUUUUUAUUGUUUAAUGCAGUGGCUUCUGACUAAAACUUAAUGAAGCCCUAAAUGAGUACUGGGACAUAAUGAGGUUUUAGGAGAGGUAAGGAGGCAAGCUGAACUACUGAGGCUGAACUUGAACAUGGAGGGUAACCCCAGAAGGAGGCCUGUGUUACCUGAAGGCAAGGCAAGUGCCAGUGCCUUUGUACUUAUACCUACUGGAGUAGGGUUUUGGUGGAGAGCUUUAGGUUAGUUUAAUUCAUUUUGGAGGUUGGAAGAUUCUUAUUACAAAUAUAAAAUGUCAUAUUUGAUUCUGGAAGAAAACUGCUUUUAGGUUGCUUCAAAUAACAUUUUCAAAGUUCAGUUGUUUGUUAAAAUUGAGUUAUGCAGAAAGAAUAUUUGCCUGGUCAAAUAAAAGAAUAUUUGUAAGAGAGAUAAUAUUCUAAAUUUUGCUACUACACUAAAGAGGAAAGGCAGAAUUAAAAUUUGUUA